AAACCCUCAAAUUCUCUCUCCUUCAAUCGUUCAUUUCAAUCCUCUUCUUCAUCAUAUCAAUGGCUGGUCGAGGCAAAACCCUAGGUUCCGCAACAGCGAAGAAAGCUACAUCAAGGAGUAGCAAAGCCGGUCUUCAAUUUCCCGUCGGUCGUAUCGCUCGUUUCCUGAAAGCCGGUAAAUUCGCCGAACGUGUUGGCGCCGGUGCUCCUGUUUAUCUCGCUGCCGUCCUUGAAUACUUAGCCGCUGAGGUUUUGGAAUUGGCUGGAAAUGCUGCGAGAGAUAAUAAGAAAACUAGGAUUGUGCCUAGACAUAUUCAACUUGCUGUGAGGAAUGAUGAAGAACUUAGUAAGCUUCUUGGAGAUGUUACGAUUGCUAAUGGAGGUGUUAUGCCGAAUAUUCAUAAUCUUCUUCUUCCAAAGAAGGCUGGAGGAUCUUCAAAACCUGCUGCUGAUGAAGAUGAAUGAAUGAGUAGUGGUUUGAAUUAGGGUUUAUGUUAUUUUUGUUUCUUUUUAUUUAGUGUGUAUUCUGUUCUAUCUAUCUAUCUAUGAAAAUUUUAGUU